GUGAUGUUAGGAAUUGGGAAUUGGGAUUUGAAAUCUCUUUUUCAAGUGAAUUUCUGCCUAAUUAAAAUGAAUCUGAAAUUAUAAUUGAACACGAACAUUUCAUACUUAAUAUUACGAAGAAUUUAGCGAAUAUGUCUAUAACUACUCUAUAUUAUCUUCAAUUAAAAAAAGAAAAUGCACACGAAGAUUCCAUAUGGUGUUGUGGAUGGAGUCAAAUAAAACCUGAGAAAAAACCAGAAGAGCAAAAUGCCGAAAAUAACGAACACUCACAAGAUUCAAACCCCGAACCUGAGGCUCCAGAAAGUUAUAUUAUAACUGGAGGGCUAGAUGAUAUAGUGAAGAUCUGGCAGUUACAAGAUGGCAAGCUUGAAGUCAAACAUCAGCUUGAAGGGCAUUCACUUGGAGUUAUAUCUGUUGCUGUUAGUCCUGAUGGAAAAACAUUAGCUAGUAGUUCUCAAGAUUCCUCGCUCAUUUUGUGGGAUAUAGCAUCAGGUGAGAAGCUAAAGACUAUGGAAACAGGAACAACAGAUGUGUGGACGUUAGACUUUAGUCCUGAUGGCAAGAAUGUUGUAUCCGGCAGUAACGCGGGGAAAAUAUUGAUUUUCUCUGUUGAGAGCGGAAAACAGGAACAAACUUUAGACACAAGAGGCAAAUUUACAUUGAGUGUAGCUUAUAGUCCUGAUGGAAAAUACAUAGCGAGUGGUGCAUUAGAUGGUAUUGUAAAAAUAUUUGAUGUAGCACAAGGCAAGCUAGUUCAUACAUUGGAAGGGCACGCUAAGCCCAUCAGAAGCCUGUGUUUCUCCCCUGAUUCACAACUGCUGCUGACUGCUUCCGAUGAUGGUCAUAUGAAACUUUAUGAUGUCGUUCAUGCAAACUUAGCAGGCACAUUAUCUGGGCACGCCUCUUGGGUUCUGUCAGUAGCAUUUUCACCAGACGGCAAGAGAUUUGUAUCCGGCAGUUCAGAUAGAACUGUAAGAGUGUGGGACCUUGAUACUAUGCAGUGCCAACAUGUGUUCAAAGAGCAUAAUGAUCAGGUAUGGGGUGUGAAGUUCAAUGCUGAAAGUAAUAAAAUCGUAUCUGUAUCUGAAGAUAAGACAGUAAACAUAUAUGAUUGUCCAUUAUAGGCUGAAACACAAUGUUUGUAAUGAAUAUAUUUUAUAAUAUAUUA